CUUUUAUAUAUUACUUAAUGUCCCAUUGAUUUUCCAAUGUGGGAUACAAAUCCCUUAAUACUUUCCGACACUGGUGCUUGAAGUUAAUAAAACAUUAAAGGACAAAAGACAGCAAGCUAAGCUCCCAAUCCUAAGCGCUUCUGUAAAUUAAAGUUUUCUAUUUCUGAAAUAACAAAACAUUUCAUGAUAUAAUAGAGAAAUUAAUAUGAAUAUUUUACAUGAAAUGUUACAUGAUGUGUGCGUGAAAAUGCAACAGAAGAAUAAUAAAUAAAAAGUUUAUUUUUUACUUUGAGUGGUAUCUUAGAUCCAUGUGACGGACUAUAGUUUUUUUUUGACGGCGUUCAUUGUCUCCUCCCUUCCUGGAUAAUUGUGCAACCUGACAGAACAAAACUCGACGGCAUCUCCAAGUGGUAUUUCUCAUCACUCCUUGCCAAUUGGUGGGGUCAUGAAGUGUAGACUCGUAUGAAAGCUUUCGGCUUUGGUGACUCGGCGGUUCAACUCCGCUAGCCACAAGUUUGUCCUCAGAGAUUUGUCUUUCUGAUUGUUAGAAAAGGUUGCAGCAACGGCGGAAGAUGCUAACGAAGUUGCUAUCUUACCGUGAGGGGAGAUGAAUAUGUGGUAAUUCGGACAACCUAUUUUGAGAAAUUAAUUAAAUUAAUAUAUUAAAAAAACAGAAAAAUAUUAUGAAUAUUUGAUAUGUAUUCCAUCCAUGAUGCCCUGACCGGUCUUUCUCACCAUAAUUUAUGAAAUACUUUGAUUAGACAAGAUACACGUGGUAGCUGAUAAGUAAUGAAAAGAUUAAAUAUUAUUCUGGAUAAGUUCGUGAAGUUUAAAAGAAAGAACUAGACAAAUACUGAAUAUCAAAAUUGCUGAGGUGUUGCAACCAUAAUAUUAUUCUCAACAGUUUUUGAUUAAAAAUAAACCAAAAAUCAAAACUUAUGUAUCUAUUACUUUGAACAACAAAAAAAGAUAUCCUUGUUUCUUUUAUUUACUCAUCAUAAUUUAAAUUCUAUAAAUAGCAUAGUCUCCGUAUCUAUAAAUUCUAUUAAUCGACUGGUCGAAUAAAAUAAAAUUCAUCUUGAUAUUAAAUUUAAUAGCAGUUUAAUAUUCUUUAUCUAUGAUUUAAUUUUAAAUCAUUUUUACAAAUAGUAAUUAUGAUAUUUACUAUCGAUUUUUUAAAAAGUAAAAUCUCAAUUUAAGAGGUGCUACAUUUGAAAAUUAAAAGUGACAAUUGUUUAAGUGUAGAAAUUCUACGGUUAAAAGAAGGCUUCAACACAUUUGAGAUAAAACGCGUAUUCCAGACUCAAAAACGGAAAGACGGACAGUCAAGUAUGCGGUGCUCGAAACUAAUUGUUUUAUUUUGUCCACAUUAAUACAAAGUCUCUUUUUUUGGUUACCUGAGUCUUAAUCAAGUAUAUUUAAGUUGAUGAUAAAAAACUUAAUUUUUCAAGUGUCUUAAUUAUUCUAUAUGAACAAAUAGAAACUUGCAACAAACAACAAGCAACAACAUUUGAAAUUUGAUAGAGCCUUUGUGCGUUUUCUAAAUCAUGCAAAAUACUUUUUUUAACAUUACUAAGAAAAGUACGAAUUAACUUAUUCCGUAUAUAGAACACGAGACAUCAACUUUUUAUCGACUUUUGGAGUAAUUUAUUUGCAGAUUCUUUUGCUUCCAAAGAGAUCUCAACAAGCACAUGUGCUUUUAUUGCUUAAUAAAGAAAACCCAAUCCAAACUUGCAGUUGAACUUUUAGGCUGACAAGCCUUAUUUAACUAACCCUAUAAAGUCAACUUGCAGUUGAACGUUUAUGCAAACGCUUAUUAUUGAAGCCUAUCCCUCAAACUUAUUUCAUAUUAAACCCAUCGACUCCUCAUUGAUUCUUGCUCACAGUCAGAAACUAUCUCCUCUCUUUCUCUCUGACACACAAACCAAAGAUCACUAAGACAUCAAAUCCACAACAUGGGAACACUCGUUGGACAUGUUUUACCAGGUCUUGCUUUCUUAGCACUUGGCUUAUGGCACUUAUUCAACAACAUAAAGCUCUUUUGUCUUCGUCCAAACAUAUUCUAUUCAUCUAUAUGGUUCCCAGUAUCAAAGAUCAGGUACUUAGAGCUCUACUUCAUCAUGUUCUCUUCAUCAGCUUCCAUAUCAAUGGAGCUCUUCGUUGGACCUAGAAAGCACCAGCCCUUUGACUCAGAUGGCACCAUCCCAUCAAACCACCUCCACAACUUUGAACAUUCUUUCAUCUCCAUGUCCUUCUUGGUUUAUGCUGUUUUAGCACUAGUGCUUGACCGAGCACGACCUAGAGCACCGGCUUCUGAGGGGCUAACCAUCCUAGCUGCAGCCGCUGCCUUCAGUCAGGAGCUACUUCUUUUCCAUUUUCACUCUACCGACCACGUGGGUUUUGAGGGACAGUACCAUUUGAUCCUCCAACUCAUUAUCUUUGUCUCUCUCCUCACCACUCUCAUGGGUGUUGCCUUGCCCAAGAGCUUUUUGGUGAGCCUUGUGAGAUCUUCAAGUAUAGUUUUUCAAGGAGUGUGGUUUAUAUUUUUGGGUUGCAUGCUUUACACACCAAGUUUGAUCCCUAAAGGAUGUUUUAUUUACGUUGAAGAUGGGCACCAACUGGUCAAUUGUUCAACCCAAGAAGCUCUUCACAGAGCUAAAGCGUUGGUCAACCUCGAAUUCAGUUGCUUAUUCGUUAUAAACACAAUAUGUGUUGUGACACUAUUUUUGAUUAUGGAUCGAAACUACGGUGGAAACAUAGAGUAUUCUAGUCUAACCACCAAUUAUCAAAGAGGUCAAUAUGAUGAAGAGCAACAACACUUCGAGACUCAGAAAAUGAGUUUUGUCCAGAUGGGUAAACUUGUUGAUCAUGAAGAUAAAAUGUGAGAAACUUUCUUAGUGAUGAUCGGUUAUGUCAUGAGAUACAAAAAAUGUUUAUUCUAGAUAAUAAAGUCUAUUUUACCAACUCAAUUCAAAUUGUUAUUAAUGUUUUCAUGUUUUAAUGUUUGUUGUAAUAAAAGGAAGUUCUCCAAACUAUUUCUCCUCACACCCACCCAAAAAUUGUGCUUCUUUUUCCAACACAUUAACUACCAUAAACUUUUAAAUUCUUUAAAACCUUAAAAAGUUGAAAACAAGUUCAAUUAAACCAAAAUUAUCCAGAAAAUAACAUUAAAAAAAAUUCUUUGAUUCGGUUGAUCUUGUGUGUUGUGUAUAGUGUAUUGAUCGUAAAAUGUGUUUCAUCAACCAUGUGCAAGAAACAAGUUGGAAUUUCGUAACUUUUCAGUGUUUACUUUAAUUAUCGUUUAAACGAUCAUGAUGAUUUCAAGUCGAAUCAAACUGAACAAUGCUUGAAAUUGAAAACACAAGUCUAACUUUAGCCCGUAUAAAUCCUAUCAUUUUUUGUUUAAUAAUUAUUUAGACAGUCAUUCAGGUGUCCUACACAUUUAAACUAGUAAUCAUUUGGACAUUAAUAAUUAUUUGAUUUAGUUUAUUAUAUCUCUUAGUUCAGUUUGGUCUUUCGAUUCUGGAUAAUACAAUAGCUGUAGUAGGCAGCAUGGUCUUUCGAUUCUGGAUAUACAACAGCUGUAGUAGGACAGCACUUAAACUUUGCAUGAAACACGUUGAGCUGUGGAGCCAAGUCUCUCGAAAUCGAUGUUUGUCAGGGCGCGGAUCAGAAUCCUCCAUGCUUUCUGGUUGGACUAUUGUUGCGAAGUAAAAAAAACUCGUAAAGAAAGUAAACCAAGAAUCAUCUGAAUCACGUUCGAUCGAGAAGAUACGAAACGUAUAAAAAAUAUAUGAGUGACGUGACGUGACGUCUACUUUGCAAAUUGCAACUAAUCCAAAAUGCAUGUUCAAAAGUCAGAUCAGAAGUGCGACUAAUUAAG